AUGAAAGCUUCCAAAUUUUCCACCUUUGAUCCGAAGAUUUUAUCAGCCAGUCCAAAAAUUCUUAAAAAGCGCCUAUUAAAAAACAAAAAUAUAAAACCUCUUAAAAAAUCCCAAGAUAAACAGCUCCAAUUAGAAGUUAAUAAUUUCCAAACAAAAAUUAUACCAAUUGACACAGGAAUCUCCACUUUUAUACACGGCAACUGAAAUAUCCGAGGACAUAAACUAAAAGCAAUUUAUACAAGUGAAAGAAAAACUCAUACUCCUCAUUUGUCAGGACUUUUCUUAAAUUUUACUAGACCUGUAACCUCAAGUGCCUUGCCAGGCUCAAAACUAAAACAUAGACGAUUUACGUCUGCAGAAGUUACAGGUUCUUCAAAUAUAAAGCCUUCUAAUCUAGCAAGGCCAAUUACCUCUUUUACAUCAUCAAAACAAAGCGAAGAUAAUACAAGCACAAAAAUUAUACAUCAAAGCCGGCCAACAACUCCGAUAAAGUCUAAACCAAAUGAAAUUGCAGAAGAAUUUAGCAUACAAUCUCCUUUCGUUUAUAAAAUGAAUUCUCCCAAGUUAAAAAUCACGAAGAGAAAUGGGAGAACUUAUACUCCGUAUUCUCAUGCUCAGAUGACAUCGAAUACUCCUUUACAAAUGACAACAAAAACACCAACAGAUUUAGAACCAAGACGAAAGUCUUUAGGCUUGCAAGUUGAUGAUCUUGGAUAUUGGGAAUUCCCAGAAGAAGCUUCGAAUGCUAAUUUUAUUAAUUUAUUAUAA